GAAAAACAUAUAAAUCCCUUAAAAGGUGAAAGGGUAGCAGAUCCAAAGUUGUUUUCUUUUGUUGAAUAUAGAGAGAGAAAGUUGAACAACAUUUGAUUGAGAGCUAUGAAGUUGAGAGAGAAGCAUGUGGAGUAAGAGGAGAGAGAGAGAGAGAGAGAAAAAAAGAGUGAAAAUCUUCUCUCUCUAUUGCCUUCUCUUCUUCCAUUUUUGUUGCAGCUAAGCUCUUCAAUGAGGCCUAAACAGUAAUGGUCCAUGGGGAAGAAAGGAAGUUGGAUUGCUGCUAUAAAGAGGGCUUUUACACCCAACUCCAAGGAAAAGCCAGGAAAUGGACGACAUUUGCAGGAAUUUGAGAAAAGAAACAAGAAAGAAAAGAACAAAGGAGGAGUUGGAAAAUUAAGGAAUGGAGAGUCCAAUUCCCUCAUUCCCCUCUUUAGGGAGCCAAGUAGUGUUGAGAAGAUCUUCUUGGAUUUUGAGAGGGAGCAACAAAGAGUAGCAUUUAGGCCUUCCUCACCACCAACCCCUCCCUUUGUUACUCCCAGAAAUGCUUCUCCAAGGGCUAUUUCUCCGAGAACCUCCUCCGCUCGACGACCCUCCUUGCCCAUCUCUCCUCCCAGAGCUCUUUCUCCGAGGGUCGUAAACCGCCCUAAGGGGUUUCGAGUAGCACCCCGAAAGAGCGGUUCGUCGUCGUGACCCCGACCAGCGAGUCGAAAAGGAGGAUAUCAUUCCCUUUCACACAAGGGUUGGGAUCUUUCAAGUGGAACAAAGGCAACUUGUUCUCAAACAAGGAUUCAAGCUCUCAAAGGGUUUUGGACAAGAAUCAAUCCUUGCAAUCUGCGGGCAAUUUGAGUGUGGAUUCUACUGUUUCCUUGCCUGCUGGGGUUGGAAGGAAGCCAUUUAACAGAUUUGUGUGAUUAUUAUUGUUUUUACCAUUUUUUGUUCUUUAUCUUUGUUUUUUUUCCCUCUACUAUUGAAUGAGUGUAAACCAAUAAAAAGAUGCAAUAGAUGGGGAUAAAAAUGAUAGUUUGAAUGUAAUGGGAUUUGAGAGGUUUUAAAAACAAUGAGCUUUAUUGCUUUUGUACCCUAAUUGUUAGUUUUUAAAUACUUUCCUUCUAUAUCAUCA